AUGACGAGCCAUUACGAGGCCAUCAUCGUUGGUUCGGGCCAGGGAGGAGGGCCGCUGGCGCUGGCGUUUGCCAAAGCGGGCCGGCGGACGGCACUGGUGGAAUCGACGCAUGUGGGCGGGACGUGCAUCAACGAGGGCUGCACGCCGACCAAGACCAUGGUGGCCAGCGCGCGCAUCGCGCACCUGGCGUGCCGGGCGCAGAGCUACGGCGUGCAGUUCAAGCGGUCGUCGCUCGUGCUGAACAUGGAGACGGUGCGCAAACGCAAGCGCGAUAUUGUGGAUAGCUUCCGGAGUGGCAGCGAGGGCCGCAUCAAGAACGCCGAGAACCUCGACCUCAUCAUGGGCAAGGCCCGGUUUACGGGGCCGAAGACGCUCGAGGUCGUCGAGCAUGACAACAAGGAUGCCCCCACCCCGCUCACCCUCACGGGCGACCAGAUCUUCAUCAACGCCGGGUGUUCGCCCGCGGCCUUGCACGCCCGCAACGCCGACAAGACCGAGGGCUUGCUCAAUUCGACGACCAUCAUGGAGCUGAGCGAGGUUCCCCGCCACCUUGCAGUGGUCGGCGGGGGCGCGGUCGGGUGCGAGUUCGCGCAGAUAAUGAAGCGGUUCGGCGCGCGGGUCAGCCUGAUCCAGCGGGCGGAGCAGCUUCUGCCCAAGGAAGACGCGGACGUGGCGGACGAAAUCCGCAGCAUCUUCACCGGGGCGGGCAUCGACGUGUACACGGGCGCGACGGUCAAGGAGGUGUCGAACGUGACGCUGGGCCAGAUCGUGCUGUCGCUGACCCAGGACAACGGCACGCCCAAGUCGCUGCUGUGCUCGCACGUGCUGGUCGCCGCGGGCCGCACGCCCAACACGCCGGACUUGGGCCUGGCGAGCGCGGGCAUCGAGGUUGACGCCCACGGCUUCAUCAAGGUCGACGAGCACCUCGCGACCACGGCCCCGGAUGUCUGGGCCCUGGGCGACAUCAAGGGCGGCAUCCAGCAAACGCACGUCAGCUACGACGACUUCCGCGUCCUGCGCCACAACCUCGUCACCCACGCGACCAGCGGCGAAAGGGCAUCCAUCCAGGGCCGCCUCGUGCCCUACACCGUCUUCAUCGACCCGCAACUCGGCCGCGUCGGUAUGACCGAGAAGGAAGCCCGCGCCCUCCACCCGCCGCGCAACAUCAAGGUCGCCAAAAUGCCCAUGUCCUACGUCGCCCGCGCGCUCGAGAUGGACGAGACAAAGGGCUUCAUGAAGGCCGUCGUCGACGCCGACACAAAGGAAAUCCUCGGCUUUACCUGCUUGGGCAUCGAGGGCGGAGAGAUCAUGAGCAUGGUCCAGCUGGCCAUGCUGGGCGGGUUGACCUACGACGAGUUGGAAAAUGCCAUCUUUGCCCACCCCUGUCUGAGCGAGAGUCUCAACAAUCUCUGGGGAUUUCUCGAGUGA